AAAAAAGGACUGUUAAAAAAGUACAUAUAUUUCUACUUUAAGUUCAGUAAGGGAUCUGAAUAGUUUUUCGAUUGCUGCACAUUGGAUAUCUGAGGGGGAUAAUGGAUAAAAAUCCACUAUAAAGCAACUACUGAAGAAAGACUGAUAUUGUAGACUGCAUACUUUAAAUGUUUUCUCAUUUUCUUCCCCUGGUUUACACUAAUGAGGCUGCAUGAACCACAUGCUGUGAGCAGAGCAGGGUGUAUAGAGGGAGAGUGUUGGGUCAGGCUGGGUGCUCAGGGGGAGGGGACCGUAGGAGGGAUAUUUAACAGUAAAGAGGGUGGGGGAGUUCAAACACAGCUCUACAUAUUCACACUUUAACGCAGGACGCCCCUGCGUCAGGAGUUUAAACACCGUUAUCUUUCACUCCACUUGUCCCCCUUCGUGGGCUGUAACUUCACCGGGAACCAGAGUGGCUGCAGUUGCAAUUAAGGAACCACGCCUGUUGCGCUCUAAUUUCCCCUCCAUCGCCCUACUUAUACUACCCUUCCCUGGAGCAAAAAGAACAGUCUGAAGAGCUGCUCGUCCACAAAACUUCAUAGACCUUUUUUUUUAAUAUCGCGAGAACGUACAUUAAGACUCUCCAGGGCUGAUCCUGACCACUGCUGGGCUGGGAAGUAAUAGUCCAGUCGGGAGCACGCACUAUAACAGCAAUGGAGUACCUCAAGUUUUGUUUUGUGUUUUCAUGCUGCCUGAAGUUUGCAAAUUCCGUCUACUCUACUGAAACACCUCAAGCUCCUGCGCCUAUUCCCAAAGAAAAACUGCUCGUCCUCACUGUUGCAACAGAGAAAACAGAUGGCUUCAACCGCUUUAUGCAGUCUGCAAAAUAUUUCAACUACACUGUGAAGGUGUUGGGAAUGGGAGACCCCUGGAAGGGUGGUGACGUCGGUCAUUCUAUCGGUGGAGGGCAAAAAGUCAGACUACUGAAGGAGGCCAUGGAGGCUUUGGCUGACCAGGAAGAUCUUGUUGUCCUUUCCGUGGACAGCUAUGAUCUUAUCUUUGCUGGUGGGCCAGAAGAGAUUCUCAGGAAAUUCCAGCAAGCGAAUCACAAAGUGCUUUUUGCUGCAGAGGGACAGAUAUGGCCAGAUAAACGGCUAGCUGACAGGUAUCCCUCAAUCCGCAGCGGCAAACGCUACCUCAACUCUGGAGGUAUAAUCGGCUACGCCCCAUACAUAAACAGAGUUGUUUCACAAUGGAGCCUCCAUGACAAUGAUGAUGACCAACUCUUCUACACUAAAAUAUACUUGGAUCCUUUACAGCGAGAAACUCUAAACAUGACUUUGGACCACAAGUGCCAGAUUUUCCAGAACUUGAACGGGGCUGUUGAUGAAGUGCUUCUCAAGUUUGGAACGGACCGCGUAAGAGUUAGAAACACAGUGUACGACUCUCUGCCAGUGGUUGUCCAUGGUAACGGAAACACCAAAAUGUACUUGAACUACUUGGCCAACUAUGUUCCCAAUACAUGGAACUAUGAACAUGGCUGUAGCCACUGUGAUGACGAUCUUGUGGACUUGUCUCAGUUAAAAGAGUAUCCAAAUGUUUUGGUGGGAGUAUUUAUUGAGCAGCCAACACCAUUUCUUCCUGAAUUCUUCCAGCGGCUGCUAACGCUGGAUUACCCUAAGGACAAACUCAAACUUUUUGUCCACAACAACGAGGUUUACCACGAGAAGCACAUCCAGAAGUUCUGGGAAGAGAACAGGAACGUGUUCAAGAGUUUCAAGGUUGUGGGACCAGAAGAAAAUCUGAGCCAAGGGGAGGCCAGGAACAUGGGCAUGGAUAUUUGCCGACAGGAUGCAACAUGUGACCACUACCUCAGCAUAGAUUCAGAUGUGAUGCUCACCAACAGACAGACACUGAAGCUCCUCAUUGAGCAGAACAGAAAAAUAAUUGGUCCCCUUGUCACUCGUCAUAGCAAGCUGUGGUCCAACUUCUGGGGAGCCUUGAGCCUGGAUGGUUAUUACGCUCGCUCUGAGGAUUAUGUCGACAUUGUGCAGAGGAAACGCGUGGGUGUGUGGAACAUUCCGUACAUGGCACAUGUAUACCUUGUCAAGGGCAGUGUCCUGAGGAAUGAACUGAAAGAAAGGAACUACUUUGUUCUGGAGAAACUCGACCCAGAUAUGGCUUUGUGUAGAAAUGCCAGAGAAAUGACCAGUCACAGAGAAAAAGACUCCCCUACUCCGGAAUCAUUCCAUAUGCUCAGGCCCCCAAAGGGAGUCUUCAUGUACAUAACAAACCGGCACGACUUUGGGAGGCUCAUUUCCACAGCCAAUUAUAACAUCUCUCAUUAUAACAAUGACUUGUGGCAGAUAUUUGAAAACCCUGUGGACUGGAAGGAGAAGUACAUUCACCAAAAUUACACUCGGAUUUUCACAGAGAACCAGCUGGAAGAGCCUUGUCCAGAUGUAUUCUGGUUUCCAGUAUUCUCAGUGAAGGCCUGUGAUGAGCUAGUUGAGGAGAUGGAGCACUACGGAUCCUGGUCUGGAGGCAGUCAUGAGGACAAGCGGAUCGCCGGCGGCUAUGAGACUGUGCCGACAGAUGACAUUCAUAUGAAGCAAAUCGGCUUUGACAAAGAGUGGCUGCACUUCAUUCGAGAGUUCAUAUCGCCUGUCACGUUAAAAGUUUUCUCUGGCUACUACACUAAGGGGUAUGCUGUUAUGAACUUUGUUGUAAAAUACACGCCCGAGAGGCAAGCGUACUUGAGGCCCCAUCACGACUCUUCGACCUUCACCAUCAACAUCGCCCUCAAUAACAAAGACACAGACUUUCAGGGUGGAGGUUGCCGUUUCCAUAGGUACAACUGCUCUAUAGUUUCACCAAAGAAAGGCUGGAGCUUCAUGCACCCAGGACGACUGACUCACCUUCACGAAGGCCUGCCCACCACCAACGGCACCCGCUACAUAGCAGUGUCCUUCAUCGACCCUUGAAAGACCAGAUUAGACUAUAAAUUUGUCUUUUUUUUUGUUUGUUUUUUGAGCUUUGCUUUUCUCUGUCAUGUUUGUUUUGUUUCGUCAUUGGCAUGUUGUGCCCCAGAUGUUUUACUGAUGCAAUUCUGUUUUUCUGAAGCAAAAGCUUUAAAAGAAUCAAUAAUUGCAGUAAAGGGUUCUCUGUCAAACAGAGUGUUGAGUGGAAAGAGAAUUGACAAAAGUAAUUCACAUUUUGGUUCACAAAUUUGAAAGAGUAUGCUUUCAGGGUACCCAAUUGUGUCACACUCCUGUUUCCAUUUAAUGGUCCCGUGUGUAGAAUUUAGGAGUAUUACUUUGCAGGGACUGAAUACAGUGUUCAUUAGUAUGUUUCCGUUCCAUGUAGAAUCAACUGAAAAUUCAAAUUGUUGUGUUUUUGUUGUCUUAAAAUGAUCUACAGUGAGAGCAGGUCCUCUUAUAUGGAGUCUGCCAUGUUGAACCACCAUUUUUGUACAGUAGCCCAGAACAGACAAACCAAACAGAUAUGGCCUUUUGAUUUUUUGUGAAUUUUGAGUUUUUGCUACAUGCUUGGAAGGAGAGGCAAGGCAUGGAAGAGUAUUCAGUUGGUUGGAAGUCUGCAACUUCACCGCUAGGUGCCACUAAAUCCUACAUACUGGACCUAUAAGGCAUUUAUUUUUACAUUUAAAACCAACAUCCUGUCAGGAAUCAUUGCUACUGUAGCUUGUCAUGAAUUUUACAAUACCGAUUUAUCGUUGUCAUGGUAACCGCCUUCAAUACGCACUGGCUGCUUUGCUAGCAGUUAGAUUUAUCAUGCUAGCAUGCAGACGGCUGUUGUGUAUCUAUUUGUAUUUCAGGUUAAGCGUCACUGAACACAUUUACACUGUAAAAACUUGUCAUAGCUUUAAAAAAAUGACUAGAGGUGCUUUUUUCGACAAUCCAUGUUUUCAACAUUAGAGAUUUAAGUCGGUAUUUGGUGGAGUGUAAGUGCUGUUUUAUACCCUGAAACAGGCCGGAUUCUAUUGAUGAUUUCAAUUAAAUUAAAGUUUAUUUUGUGCCCAGUGAAAAAAGAAAUCUAUUUUUGGAAUUUUGCACACCAGAAAAACGAGACGGCAGAAUUCAAUAUGAAUUCUGUUUGAAUGAAGUUCAAUGUUUUACUUGACAUGUUUUUCUUCUUUUCUAAGAAAUGUGUGAAUGGAUUUUGAAACAAAAAAUAAAUAAAAAGUCGUUUUAACUUAUUUUCAAAAUUUAAUAAAAGUCUUUAUAAAAACGUAUUU